UGUGGGUGGGCCGAGGCCAUGGAGAGGUCUUUCCUCGCAUCCUCGGCGGCGCGCUACCAGCCGGCCUGCCCCACGCGCGACGCCUGCGUCUACAACAGCUGCUACUGGGUGGCUGUGGGAUCCUGGGUCCUUGGGGGCGGCGGCGAUCCCCCGAAGGUGUCCAGGCAACCGUGUGAAGAAAAUAUUUGGAAGCUGUGUGAAUACAUCAAAACCCACAGCCAAUACCCUUUGGAAGAUUGCUAUGCCGUCUUCAUAUCAAACGAGAAGAAGAUGGUACCUAUCUGGAAACAGCAGGCAAGACCUGGGAAUGGACCAGUGAUCUGGGAUUACCACGUUGUUCUGGUUCAUGUGUCAGGUGAAGGACAGAGCUUCGUCUAUGAUCUGGAUACAGUUUUGCCAUUUCCCUGCCCUUUUGAUGUUUACAUAGAGGAUGCCCUUAAGUCUGACGAUGACAUUCACCCGCAGUUUAGGAGGAAAUUUAGAGUGGUCCGUGCAGACUCCUACUUGAAGCAUUUUGCUUCUGACCGAUCUCACAUGAAAGACUCCAGUGGGAACUGGAAAGAGCCUCCUCCGGCAUAUCCCUGCAUUGAAACUGGUGACUGCAAAAUGAACCUGAAUGACUUCAUCAGCAUGGACCCUGAAGUCGGAUGGGGAUCUAUCUAUACUCUGCCUGAGUUUGCAUAUCGGUUUAGCAGUAAAAACCACUGAACUUGACAUCAGAAUGAGGAGCUGGGGUGUGAGCCAGCAUCCGUCCUUCAGUGUAAGUUUAGGGCAGCAGACAGUAUGGCACGGGUAGCUUGCAGGCACAGUUUCCUCUUCUAAUUCAAUUGUGUGGAAACAAAUGAACAACGCAAAUACAAAUGAAUGAGGAUCUAGCGCUCAACAGCCAGCAUCACACUCACAAAUGAAAUAAAGCCUUUCUUUUGAAUGUCAUGUACAGUGUACAGUUGCUGCGAUAUUCCUGUGGGUCAUUUAUUCAAAUAUGACAGCUUAUGCAAGUGAUCAUUCUUAUUAAGGUAAAAGUGUGGGGAUUGGGGAGAAGGCUCAGUGGUUAAAGGUGCUUGCUUGCAAAGCCUGCUGGUUACAUUUAAGUCCUAGUACCCAUGUAAGCCAGAUGCAAAAGUGGCACAUGCAUCUGGAGUUCACUUACAGUGGCAAGAGGCCUUAGUGUGCCUAUAUAGAUAUGCACAGACACACACACACACACAAAAAAAAUAAAAGUAUUUUUUUAAAAAAAGUGUAGACCUAGAGCUAGCUUAGCUCCUUUUGUCUGUUCUCUGUUUUGUUUCUCAGGCUAUACUGUAAGCUUUUUGUGGGCAGGAUGGUGACUUAAGGCUCUGACAGAAUCUCCACUGCCCACAAGAGGUGCCCAUAAUGUUUUUAGACAGCACUGCUGUUUGGUUAGGGACAAUGAUGUGAGCUGAAUCAGCAAUAAGUAUUAGUCUUUUUGGACUAUGUUGUUUAAAAAAGUUGCAGGUCUCUCAGGCUGUUACUUGCUCUAUUUAUACAUGCAUACACACACACACACACACACACAAAUAAGUUUAAAUAAAGUUGACUUAAAAUUAA